CAGCUAUUGUUUGGGGGAACUUGAAUCUUUUAUUGAACAUUUAUAUAUAUAUAUAGCGGCGAUUAGAUAUGAUGAUCUAGUGUUGAAAAUUACAUGAACGCUUGAAAAUGUAUUCCGUGGAUUUAAACUUUUGGAGUUUUGUAUUGUGUAUGGGUCUGUUUUUCACUUCCAUAAGAUCCAUUGAAGAUGCGUAUUUUGAAAUGCAAGUGGCCGUUGACGGAGACUGCAGCGAGAAAGCUCUGAAUAGUGCUACAACGGUGAUUGGAUUUUUCAUUAAUAAAACCGACUCAGAAAUAUGGAGAUGUAGUAAUACAUGCUCUCAGAUUUCUCAGAUUACAAAUUGCAAGAGUACCGUUACAAAAGCGGCAUGCCUUUUCACUGUAGCUGACGCAAAAACAAUCGCUAACAGGGAUGAAAUUACACAUAUUCUAGCUGAAAUUUAUGCAAACGCUGCAGUGAACACAAAGUUUCACUUCAAUAGCACGUACGCCAUUUGCAGUACGUUUGAAUACAUAAACCGAACAACAAAUCUAACAGUGUAUCAGAGAUUAAAACACAUGAAAGAUAACAACAGGAGCAGCCACGGUACAACUAAUCCAAUCGGACUUACGAGUCCACCAACAAUUUGGGGCGGGGGCAGCCACAGUACAACUAAUCCCAUCGGACUUACGAGUCCACCAACAAUUUGGGGCGGGGGCAGCCACGGUACAGUUAAUCCAAUCGGACUUACGAGUCCACCAACAAUUUGGGGCGGGGGCAGCCACGGUACAACAAAUCCAAUCGCACUUACGAGUCCACCAACAAUUUUGGGCGGGGACAGCCACGGUACAACUAAUCCAAUCGGACUUACGAGUCCACCAACAAUUUGGGGCGGGGGCAGCCACGGUACAACUAAUCCAAUCGCACUUACGAGUCCACCAACAAUUUUGGGCGGGGGCAGCCACAUUACAACUAAUCCAAUCGGACUUACGAGUCCACCAACAAUUUGGAGAGGGGGCAGCCACGGUACAACUAAUCCAAUCGGACUUACGAGUCCACCAACAAUUUUGGGCGGGGGCAGCCACGGUACAACUAAUCCAAUCGGACUAACGAGUCCACCAACAAUUUGGGGCAGCCACGGUACAACUAAUCCAAUCGGACUUACGAGUCCACCAACAAUUUGGGGCAGCCACGAUACAACUAAUCCAAUCGGACUUACGAGUCCACCAACAAUUUGGGGCGCGUAUUUCGAAGUACACCUUUCGAUUGACAAUCCUUGCGACGAGGAUGCUAUAUUGAAGGCCACGAAUAUUCUGAGGUCUGUUCUUCACCUGAAAGACAAGAAGAUAUGGCGCUGUCAGGACAAUUGUACGCUAGAUACAAAUUGUUCGGAUGGCCAUCUGACUUUCUGCUUAUUUUUCGAAGCGGAUGAAUACACCAGGACCAACAGCGCUGAACUGAACAGCAGUCUCAGCAAAGACGUCACGUGCGGUAAUGGAACACUUGUUUUAGAACCAUCGCCAGAAUUCGAGAGAUUGCAUCAAAUAUCGACCAGUGGGACGGGCAGUAACGAACCUCAGACCGGAGAAGGUCCGGGGACUGGUGCGAUCGUCGGCGGUACGGUCGGAGGUUUGGCUGGCCUUGCCGGCGCCGUAAUGGCCGGUUGGAGAAUCAUCCGGAAGUUGAAGAAAAAUCAAGUUAGCGAUACAGCUUCUACCGGCGACACAACCCCCAUUUCGCCGGGCGGAAUUGAUUUUGAGGAGGCGCCGAAUUCGGUCCCGCCGGCCGGCGUUUAAGUGAUAGGGAACUGAUUUGAGUAACGGACUAUGCGCCCAUCAUUUUGUCAAAGAGUGUGUAACAAGUAAAUGUGUGAACGUAGUUUUGGAAAGAAAACUCUUUUAUCAAUGAUUGUUCAAGCUCAUUCCAUAGCAUUGUCAGGAAGAAAAUGUAUUAAGCUUUAUAGUUCUUGAAGUAUUCUGCUACACGAAAAUAAAGUAGGGCAACUGCCGACGAUGUAGUAAACAUAUGGUUAUGUAUAAUACGUAAUUCCGUUCAAAAUAUAAAAAAAGUGUUUCAAAUAAUUAUGUAUAUGUUUGUAUAUACAAACUAUACAUUGCAUUUUAGAAAAAUAUUAAACACUCUUGUGUUGUAAAAUUUUAUGAUAAGAUUGAUUACAGACCACUGGCCAGUUUUUCUAACGGCAACAAUAAUCACAUUUAUUCAACGUAUUUUCAAAUAAAAUAAGUAAAGUUCUUUUCUUGUAGUUCGGAUAUAACAGAUACUGGUUUGUGUGCUUGAACACUAUAUAUCAUUUGGAACAUGUGCUUAAUAAUAAAAAAGUAAUAUUUAUGCCCAUGCAGUUAUAUUACAGAUUAGUGUAAAAAUGCACUUUUGUAAGAAAAUCAAAAUAGAGACAAUCAGUAACAUAAUUAUUUUCUUUAAGUCCGCGACUAAGAUUCUUUGAAACACAUAGCACUAAAUUGAAUAAUACAGAUCCAACAGUCGACUUAUAAUUUAAAAAAAGACAUGGACCCUACGAAAAAUCAAACUUUAAAGAAGCACAUCCAUUAUUGAUAUGGAAGAUUACAGAUAUCUAUAUUUCACUUGGAAUGCAAACCUUUAUUCUAAGGACACAUGCAAGUGUUUCGUUGUCCUUUUUUUUCUCCAUACUUAAUGUUUAGGAAAACAACAACAACAACGAAGCCUACCGGUACCAUUGAUAAAAACAGCAAGAAAUGUCGAACGUAUUACUUCCGACCGUUAUUGUUGUUGUAAUGGCAUCAUAGUUCGCAUCAUCUUUGGUAUUUGUUUCUUCAGUCAUUGUUACCAGGUAAACACCCAGAAUGACUUCGCUUUCCACACAUUUUAUCAACACUUAAAAAACGUUAUUUUAAAAUGAACACUAUUAAUGACUAUUUGAAUGGAAACAUUGACUGGAACAUUUUGAUAAGCAAACUUACCCCCUUCCUUUUUAGCACCAACUCGUAACCUUCCUGCACAUGUAAUUGCGUUUGUGUAUGUAACGUAAGAUGUUCUCUUUAUAUUCCUUGUUUUUGGAAAACUGUGUCUAAUGCAUGUGCUUUAAAGUUCUGUCCAGGAUUAGCCAGUUCAUUCUGCACAGGAUAAUCAGGGACGACACUUUCUGCUGCUUUUAUGUCAUUUUUUUAAUAAAAGGAUUCUCUUUUAAACCGAAAUCCAGUUAAGGAAAAAAUGUGUUGUCCCUGAUAAGCCUGUUCAGUCCACACAGGCUAAUCUGAUAUCACACUUUUUAGUAUUAUCACACGUUCUGUAAUUUCAGCACUACGUAUAUUGCUAAACGUGUUUAUGAUUUUCUGUUUUGUGAACAUCAGCAUGUCAUGAUUUUAUCUGUAUGUUGUAUUUGACUUUACUUUUCUUUUUUAAACCUUGUUAUGUCAAGUGUGAUCCGUCCAGUUUAUGCGUUCCAAAUGAACUCAUUUUUUACUAAGACGUUGUACGAUAUCACGAUUUGACACUGCAAAUUUUUCGUCGCAAUUGCACAAACGUAAUGUCUUUAACGUGCUUUAAAAGAGAAUUUAAAUGCGAAUACUUUAAAGUAAAGGUAUGAAAUAAAAACACUCAGCUAUAUGACUUGAAACACAACGCAAUAAAUGUUUUUACAUUUUACAUGCAUUAUUUUUAAAAUGCCUAUCCAUGUAUAUUAUUUUAAUGUAUGCUUAAAUGAAUACACAUUUACUAUUUUAUUUUGAUAAAUUAUUUAAGAAAUUUAUUUAAACGUGAUUGUAUCGACUGUGCUUUUUACAUUUUUUUUUUAUUUAAUAAAUGACAUUUAGUUUUGUAUUGUUGUUAUCUGCUUGUAUUUACAUUUUCUGUAUCCUUUAUAUCAUUAAAACUUUAACCAUA